AUGGGCGCCCGCGGGCUCUACGUGGGGCGAAGAGCUGCCGCCCUGCUGGCCACGCUGCUGCUGGCCCUGCUGGCCGCCCUGCUGGCCCUCGCCGCCCUCUACGGGCGCUGCCGGCAGGAGGCACCCCCCUCCCCUCCCGCACCCCCGCCCGCAUCCCGCAUCCCCGCCGCCCCGCUGGGUCCCGCCGCCGCCAGCUCCGGUUCCCGCCUGCCUCGACACCUCCAGCCGCUGCACUACGACCUGGAGCUGUGGCCGAGGGCGCGGCGGGAGCAGGGGGGACCCCUCUGGUUCAGCGGGCAGGUGAACAUCACGGUGCGGAGCCGGCGGGAGGCGGCGGCGGUGACGCUGCACAGCGCCGGGCUGCGCCCCCGCGGGCAUCCCGAGGUGCGGGGACCCUUAUCCCGGCCGGGAGCCGCCCUGCGGGUGGCAGCGGUGCGGCAGGACGAGGAGGGAGAGGUGCUGGUGCUGGAGAUGCGGGAGCGGCUGCAGGCGGGGCAGCGGUACGUGCUGCAGCUCGGCUUCCAGGGGUGGCUGCACGAGGACCUCUACGGACUCUUCUUCAGCCGCUACAGCCACCAGGGACGGAGCAGCAUGCUGAUUGCCUCCCAGCUGGAACCAACAUAUGCCAGGAGAGUUUACCCAUGUUUUGAUGAACCUGCCAUGAAGGCCACAUUUAAUAUCAGAAUUGUCCAUGACCCAAGCUAUGUGGCUCUUUCCAACAUGCCUGCUAUUGAUGUAUCUGAAAUGAAGGAUGAAAAUGGAAGCCUAUGGGCUGUUACCACUUUUAACACUUCACUGAAAAUGUCAACUUACUUGACUGCUUUUGUGAUUUGUGAUUUUGAUUAUGUCACCAGAACCGAGCGGGGAAAUGAGAUACGUAUUUGGGCUCGGAAAGAGGCAGUUAAAAAUGGGCAUCUUGACUAUGCUUUAAAUAUCACUGGUGCAAUAUUUUCAUUUCUGGAAGACUUACUUAAUGUCAGCUACCCUCUGCCAAAGACAGAUCUGGUUGCACUGCCUGAAUUUGGAGCAGGUGCUAUGGAAAACUGGGGGCUAGUAACAUUCCAGGAAUCGUCGCUGAUGUACCUCCCAAGUCAUAAAUUCACAUGCAGAAAGGCAAUGAUUGCCAUAAUUGUGUCGCAUGAGCUAGGACACCAGUGGUUUGGAAACCUGGUUACAAUGAAAUGGUGGAAUGAUCUGUGGCUUAAUGAGGGUCUGGCAUCUUACUUUGAGUACCUGGGAGCUACCUUUGUUGAACCCAAGCUUUCACUGGAUAAAAUUUUUUAUGAUCAUGUUGUACAGCCAGUCUUGAGAGACGACAAUGAAAUAGGAUUUCGAUCACUGUCAGAGAGGGAAGACAGGAUCAAUGGAUCAUUUUCUUUAAUGUCUCUGUUUGACAGCAUCACAUACAACAAGGGGGCUGCGAUUACCUGGAUGCUUUCUGGUUUCCUGACUGAGAAGUUGUUUAUCAGAGCACUUACUUCAUAUUUGAAAGAAUUUUCCUUCUCUAAUGCUAACCAAGAUGAUCUCUGGACCCACAUACAGAUGGUCGUAGAUGCACAGGAUGAAGUUCAGUUGCCAGCAUCUGUGAAACAAAUAAUGGAUACCUGGACAUGCCAAAAUGGGUUUCCAGUUUUAACAUUAAAUCUAACCACUGGCACAAUCAGUCAGGAACAGUUUCUUAAUAAAAAGAAUGAAAGCAGUACUGAUUCUUACAAUAACACAUGGAUUAUUCCUAUUUCUUGGAUGAGAAAUGGAUCUUCACAACCCUUAAUGUGGCUAGAUAAAAGCAGCAAAGUGUUUCCUGAAAUGCAAGUAUCGGAGUCAGAAUAUGACUGGAUCCUGCUAAAUGUAAAUUUAAGUGGAUUCUACAGAGUAAACUAUGAUCAAUUAAACUUAAAAAGAUUAGCACGCUUGCUUGAAAAUGAUCCAAAGGCUAUUCCCGCUGUUAGCAGGUUCCAGCUGAUAGAUGAUAUCUUUGCAUUGACACAGUUUGGAUACAUUCAGAUUGAAACAGCACUUGAACUGACCAAGUACCUUGCCAGAGAAGAUGAACUCUUCAUAUGGAAUACAGUAUUGUUACACUUAAUACCAGACGAUUUGGAAAGUACUUUGAAGAACUAUGAAGUAUAUCCCCUUUUAAAGAAAUACCUUUUAAAGCGAAUGUCGCCAAUAUACAAUUAUUAUGCAGGUUUUAUUCGUCAAAAUGUUGAUGCUUUAGAAGAUGACUAUUUUGCUCAAGUGUAUUUGGAAAAACUUUUCACUACAGCGUGCUGGCUGGGCCUCCAAGAUUGUUUGAACCUGUCAUCUGAACUCUAUGCUAGAUGGAUGGACAACCCUGAGGUCAAAAUUCCCUUUUUAAUUAGAAGAACAGUCUGCUGCUACGGUGUUGCGAUGGGAAGUGAUAAAGAAUGGAAUUUUGCAUGGGAAAUGUAUAACCAUAAUGAGUCCACAGAGGAAGAUAAAGAUAUGCUUCUUUUUGCCAUGAGCUGUGCCAAAGAGUCAUGGUUAAUUUACAGAUACCUGCAAUAUGGACUCAGCCAUACAUUAUCUUCCUCCAAUUGUACUUCAGUCAUCAUCCACUAUGUGGUGACUAAGGAUACUGGGCACCGUAUAGCCUGGGAAUUUGUUACAGAAAAUUGGCCACUUUUAAGCGAAAGGUACGGAAAGGAAUUAUUACAUGAUGUAUUAAGAGUCAUGGAAAGGUUUGUCAAUACAGAUGUACAGAUCCAAGAGUUGCAGGUUUUUUAUAAUACUACAUUGGAAGAGUAUGAGAGACUGGCUGCUACUCAGUUGUUGGAGUCUGCAAGGUCUGAAAAUAUGGAAAGGAGAGAAAUACUAACCAAACUUGCCAACUGGUUACAGAAAAAUGUAGAAGAUUGACUUGAAAACAAUUUCAAGUGUAUUUUAGAGUAUGAUUCGCUAUCCUUUUGAUAUUCAUUUUAAUAUGUAAUUAAAGA